AUGUCAUUUAUAUUCAGGAGAUCCGUUUCAACCAAUGAUGCAGACAAGGUGGAAAAUGAACUGGCAGCAAAUGAACCAAGCGUUGAAGGGGAUUCACAGGAUGCCAGCCCAGAGACGGAAUUAAGUAAUGAAAAGCUAUCUGGAUCGGAGAAGAAACCCAGAAAGUCACGAACGACAUUUCUUAAAUCUUUGGUGGGGAACUCAAGUAGAAACAAUUCCUCCUCAUCUUUGGCCUCAGCAACUUCAAGCAACUCAAGUUUAAAUAGUGCAUUACCCCCACUUCCCCCGAUUGAGUUAUCUGGGUAUGGCCCAACAGUUAGGCACAAAUUAAUGGAUACCGAAUUGGCAGGCGAUAUACGGAACUUGAUACCUGCGAGGCUCCAACUUUUUGAUACCUGGUACUUGGUGUACUCCCUGGAACAGCAUGGCAUAUCCUUAAAUUCGUUGUACAGAAAUUCAAAGCCUGAGCACCAAUUAAUAGAGUACAAUAAACGAAAGAAAGCAGAAAAGGGCUUUGCUGAAUCGGUUGUCAACAGAAUGAUGGUGAGUAAUACUCCUGGAAAUAUCUACAAUACCCCACAAAGACGUCCACAGGGAUAUGUGUUGGUGGUGAAAGACAAACAUCUGUCAAGAUUUGGUGCCUUUUUAAAUGAAAAUUUGAAGCCAAUAGAUCACAAAAGAUACUACGGUAAUGGGGAGUGUUUCUUGUGGAAAUGUGAAAAGUAUGAUCCUACAAAAUUGACUCACAACAAGAACUCGUCUUCGCUGAAAUCAAAGUCUGCGUUCAGAUUCAAGGCUUUUAUGUACACCGGCAUAAACGAUAAUAUAAUAUACUCCAACCACGACUUUAUAGCCAUUGGGUCGUCACAGGGCCAGAAUGGUCUCUACAUUGACAAAUCUUUAUGCAAAGGAGUCAGCUAUCCACAUGCGAGUUCAAAGAGUGGUCAUAAGUUUAAUUCAGCGCUAGCUACGUGGAAGAGACUCAAAUCGGUCAACAAGGCACCUUCAAACGGUAUUCAAGCCGACGUUGACAAUAAUUUUGAGCUGGAUGAUUCUCAAGUCGCUGGCUCAGAGUUGUACCUUAUCGAAAAUGGUCCUCGUGGUGAAUUAUUUAUAUUUUAUUUGAAGGAGAAAGUCCUCGAAGUUUGGGAUUGGGAAGUUCCUGCUCCUAGAGCUGAAAGAGAUACGCUUUACUUGCAAUCACGAAUCCAAGCCAGAAGCUCUUUCAAUAUUCAAUCAUUCAGGGUUGUAGCGCAGCAAAAGGAACUGUACAUUGCAGUAGCCGUCGUGUUGGAGAACGAGACUGACAACGUGGACAUUUUACAUAUCACUUCCACUUCCAUAAAGAUCCCAAGUAGGAUAGCACUCCCAUUCAAAUCAGAAAACUAUUCCAUUAAAGCAAGUAACUCCUUUGUUUGUGUAGGGACAGACAGUGGGGCCGUACAUGUUUUCCGUUUUGACCAGAACAAUAUGCUUUUAAAAUGUGCCAACACUGAUUCAGCAUUAGCAAAUACAAGGAGAUCUUGCUGCACCAUUCCUGGAAACAAUGACAGUUUAGAUUUAGGAGAUGAAAAUGUUAUACUACAAACAAGUUGUAAUGACAGAAUGGCUAUUUAUGACAUUAUUGAAGACUGGCUUGUAUACUGCCCAAAAAGAGCAGAGUAUGCAUAUUUGAAGAAAGCAAAGACAGAUGAUAACUGCAGAAGAGGGGGUCCUCUGCUAAGAGAUGAAACACUCGAUUAUCUAGACCCAGUGAUCACCAAUUUUAUCAACUAUUCUGAAAACAAGAAGAAAUUUAGCCUAUUCACUCCUGUGAAAUUGCCUAGGUCUACACCCUUGUACAAUAAGUUGAUGUCGUCGUUAUCGAAGACGACCUUGGAUGGAAUAUUCAAAGUCUCAGAGUUGUCGUCGGCAAAGUACAAAGAGUACAUGGAGAGUAAGCUAGAGUUGAACAAGUUGGGAAAAUCGAUAGGUAAAAGCUUAUAUUCAAACAUCCAAAAGGGUUCAGAAUUUUUAAAACCAAACGAUAACCAAAUUCUUACCAUUAUCGACUUACGUAAUGACCGGUCACUUGCAACAUUUAAGCCUCUGGGUGGGGUUUCCCAAGUUUCAUUUUCACCGUAUGACUUGCAAUUAGCCACAUCGAAUUUGAGAGGGGAUCUGCUUUAUAUUUGGGACUUGUAUCGCUUGCCGAUUGAGAUUUCUUUAGUUGGCAAGUUUAUUAGGGGUACAACCUCCGCCGUGGUUAAAAAUAUAUCCUGGUUCAACACUGAAGAUGACAGUCGUGAUACCCAUUCCGGAUUUGGUUGUAUUUCUAAAGCAACAGGGUCAGCUCACUGGUAUAAUUUGAAUAGCAUAUUGGGAGAAGAAAAGACUAGCAAAACCAGUAAGAAACUAAAAGGAUCAAAGAAAUCACGAGAGAAGCAGCAGAAGAAUUAUUGGACUCUUUCUGCGUUUGAUGGUGAUAAAUUCUUGAACGUGCUAGACAGCCAGAUUGGUGUUUUAACAAGAGCUGGGUCGUUAAAGAUGAUCGACCCUACAAAUGGGCAACACUAUUAUGAGUACAAAAUCCCCAAUACGCCAACUGUGGAGUUUUCCAACCCCGGGUCCUUCAAAGAGAGAGAGUUGAUUGCCCUGACUGGGCCGAAGAAUCCUCUCGCACAAGCUGAGAUUGAAACUUGUGCACCAUAUUUGAACUUGAUUAACUACGAAAAUGUGGAAUUCGCUACUUACCAGUACAAUGCAGAAACUUUUGAGGAAUUUGGCAAUGACGUUAUGGUGGACUGCUUGAAUGUGCGAACAAUACCGCCUGCAAAAGAAAGUGUUGCUGGAAGUGGGGUUACUGAGCUAGCACCUGAAACAAGCGCCUUAAACAAAAUCUACAUUGAUCAAGAUGGAGAGGAUGAUCUUUAA